AUGUCCGUAGCUCGUCAAUUCCUUCGCACCUGCCGGGCAGGUCGUAACACUGUUCCUAUUGUCACUCGCAUUCCCACCAACCACUUUUCCACCACCCGGGCCAACUGCCUUCAGACCACAGACCAGAAGAACCGCAUCCCUGAAAAAGAAGUGCCCGUCACCGACUACGAUGCAGGCCACAGCUCUGCACACAAGCGCACUCUCCCCGUCAACCCGACACCUCUCCGGGACACAUCAUCAUCAUCAUGGCCCGACCCGGAGACGGUCGACCCCCUCACCCGCGAUGUAUACGAGCGGAUGCCCAAGACCAUGCGCAACAUGAGCAUGUUCGGCAAGACGGUCAUCAUCACUGGUGGCGCCCGUGGUCUCGGGAACCACAUGGCUCGCGCUUGUGCCGAGGCCGGCGCCAAGAACAUUGUCAUCUUUGAUGCCAAUCAAGAACUCGGAGACGAGGCUGCUGCCGAGCUCCACGAUAAGACCGGGCUGCCCAUCUCCUUCUACCGCGUGGAUGUGCGUGACGCGGCUGCUAUCACUGCCUCGGUCCAGGCUUGUGUGGAGAAGUACGGCGUACCGGAUGUUCUGAUCAACUCGGCCGGUAUUGCCGACUCCAACAUCAAGGCGGAGACCUACGAUGUGGCCAUGUUCCGCCGGCUGAUCGAUAUCAAUCUCACCGGUUCCUUCUUGAUGUCCCAGGCGGUGGGCCGAACCAUGAUCGCGGCUGGAAAGCCCGGUAGCAUCAUCCUGGUUGCUUCCAUGUCGGGGACCAUUGUCAACUACCCCCAAGAACAGAGCUGCUACAAUGCCUCCAAGGCUGGUGUCAUUCAAUUGGCCAAGUCUCUUGCUGCGGAAUGGGCCAAGAACGAGAUUCGAGUCAACUGCAUCUCACCCGGAUACAUGGACACCGCGUUAAACCGAGUGCCCGCCCUCGAGGCCCAGAAGAAGAUCUGGAAAUCCUUGACUCCUCAGAACCGUCUCGGUAACGUCGAUGAGCUGAAUGGUCUCUGUGUGUUUUUGGGCUCGGAUGCAUCCAAGUUCAUGACUGGUGCCAACUGUAUCAUUGACGGUGGAUACACAUGCUACUAA